GAACUGCCUGGCCUGGCUGCGGAGCCUCCAGCACCUGCUCCAGUCCCAGGACCCCCCUGCCACCAUGGAGCUGGCCGUCCUGGUUCUCCGGGACCUCUUGCAGUACUCUGCCCAGCUGCCCGAACUGGCCCGAGACAUCGGCACCAACCACAUUCCUGGACUCCUCACCUCUUUGCUGGCCCUCAAACCGGAGUGCCAGCUCCCCAUCCUGGAGGGAUGCCAGGCGUGCAUGACGUUUUACCCCCGAGCCUGUGGCUCCUUGCGAGGCAAAUUGGCCACCUAUUUCCUGUCUUGCCUGGAUGCAGAAACGCCUCACCUGCAGCAGCUGGCCUGCGAGUGCUACGCGCUCCUGCCUUCUCUGGGCGCAGGUUUCGCACAGGGGCUCAAGUACCGCGAAUCCUGGGAGCAGCAAGCGCAUUGUCUGGUGGCCACGCUACACCGCCUCCUGGGCACGCUGUACGAGGGGGCCGAGGCAGAACCGCUGCACUACGAUGGCCCCGGAGAGGAGCUGCUGCUGCUGCUGCCGCGGGACGAAGAAGCCACCUCCAUCCUCCUCCUCCUCCUGGCAAAACGCCGGUUUGCGGGUUUGGCCAAAUGCCUCUGCCGGAUGCUAAGGAACGACUUUGGGGCUCCCGUCGCGGUUCCCGGCCAGGCUAUCCUCGACCUUGUUUGCCGAGCCCUCGACGUCUCUGUGAAGAACAUGAGCUGGUUUGGAGAUGGGCCCCUCCGGAUGCUGCUGCUCCCCUCGAUCCACCUGGAGGCCCUGGACCUCUUGGCUGCCCUUAUCUUGGCUUGCGGUCCUCGCUUGGUGCGGUUUGGGGGAGCCCUCUGCCGCCUCUUCCCCCAGGUGCUGAACAUGUGGCAGGCUGGCCAGGAUCUGCCCUCCCCUGGACUGCAGCGGCCUUACAGUGCAGUUCGGGCUCGUCUGUACCAAGUCCUGGAUCUGUGGGUGCAAGUGGCCGGAGCAGCCUCCGGGGUCCUGCUGGGGCACAGCAGCCAAAGUGAGGCCCUGCUGGGACACUUGAUCAACGACAUCAGCCCCCCAAGCGACACCCUGAAGGUGAGACACCCCCACCCCUCUUUGCCUUCUCCGCUGGGGGUGACCCGGGAGGGGAAGCCCAGCGCUGCGAAGAAGCCCAAGCUGUCCACGGUGGGCGGCCUCGGGUGCCCGUUCCGUAAGCACGACCCUCAGGCCAACAGCGACGUCUGCCUGGCCGCCUUGCAAGGCCUGAGCAGGGCCGUCCUCCUGUCCGGCAGCCUCAUGAAGGAGCAGCUCCACACGAGGUUGCAGGAGCUGGUGAUCCCGCUGCUGAUCCGGCUGGGCCAGGCGGAGCUUCCCCCGGGAUCCCCCUACGCCAGGGCCAACUGCCGUCUUGAACUCUACCGGCUCCUGCUGGCCUUGAGCCUGGCUCCCGCCCCUGCCUGCCCCCCGCCCCUGCAUUGCGCCCUCCGGCUGCUGAGCCAGGGGCGCACGGAUCCCAACCUUCUGGUCUCCUCCUUCUGCAUGGAGGCUGCCGUCAUCUGCAACGCCCUCCUUCACCCUCGGGUGCCAUCCCUGCAGCUCCCGCUGGUUGCCCCCGCCACCCACCUGCCCGGCUCCUCGGAGGUCUCCCCUGCUGCGGCGGUUGCGGCUGCCACCCUGUCUCCCUUCUGCCCGGCUGUCCCGGUGCCCUUCCCGGCCCCCCGCCCCCUCCCUCCGGCCCCUGGGCCUCUCCCUGCCAACUCGCUGGGCCUGCCCCUGCCUGGGCUCGCAGCCCCUCAGCUGCCCCCUCGCCUUAUCCCCGAGGAGCCCGUUCCCCCUCCCUCUCCGGGCACCGCAGAGGUGGCUGCUCUGGCCACCGGGGCCAAGUUGCGGCGCUCCGUGUUCAUCCAUUACGACAAGGAGGAAGAGGAGGACGUUGAGAUCUCUCUGGAGAGCGACUCGGACGACAGCGUGGUCAUUGUGCCCAAGGGGCAGCUGGGGAAGACGACCGGCACUCUUAACUCUGUCCCAGUCCCUGCGGCCGCUCCAGCCCCCCCGCCUCUGCCCGUCCCCCCCACUGCCCUUCCGCUCCCCGCAUCCCCUUUGGUGGCCUGCGAGGAGGCUCCCUUGGAGAGCCCAACGCCCCUCGCCCUGGGGGUCCCACCGCCUGCCUCGGCAGCGCCGGUGCUGCCGUCUUCCCCAGUCGCAGCAGCUGCCGAAGCCCCCCUGCCGGCUCUGCUGGAGGAGGACCCCCCCACGGUCAUCAACAUCAACAGCAGCGAGGAGGAGGAGGAGGACUUUCCCGAGGACGAGGAGUACCUGGACGAGGAAGAGGAGGAGGAGGAAGAGUUUGAUGAAGAGGAGGGGGAGUUUGAGGAGGAGAUGGACGAGGAGGACGACGACUUUGAUGAUGAUGAGGAGGGCCUGACGGAGGAGGAAGAGGAGGAGGAAGGCCUGACGGAGGAGGAGGAGGAAGAAGAGGAGGGGCUGCCUCCUCUUCUGACCCGAAGGAACGAAGAGGAACCUCCAGCGCUUCUGCCUGCUGUGAAAGACGGGCCCCUCAAGCUGGCGGAGGAAGAGGAGGACGACGGGGGAGCUGGGCUGCUGAUGGAGGUCGAGGAGGAAGCCUUCCAGCCCCCUCAGGAGGAGGAGGAAGGAGAGCGGAUGGGGCCCCUGCUGCUGCUGAAGGAGGAGGAGGAGGACGGGGCCUUGCCUCUGCUCCCGGGGGCCCAGCCCCUCCCUCUGCCUGCCCUGCAGGAGGGGCCCAGCCCGCUGGAGGCCCCCAUGGACCAGGAGGGCCACUCUGAGCCAAAGGAGGGCGCCUCGGAGGCAGCCUCGGCAGCAUCUCUACCGCCGGAGGAGGCCGUCCACGCAGGCUCCAGUGGGGACCGGGCGGAGGCCGCUCCAGACUCCGGGGCUGGGCAGGGGGAGCCGGAGAAGCUGCUGCAGCCGGACGAAGAGGUGCUGGAAGUGAAGGAGGAAGAGGGCGGCAGACCCGCGCUGGACGAGACGGAGGCCAUGCUGGCGGACUUCGUGGACUGCCCGCCCGACGAGGAGAGAGACCCCGGCCAGCCCUGCUCCUGA